CAGCUAAUUGCGUCAGUGAAGGCAAUCUGGCUCCUGAGGACGGACGAUCCGGAGGUGGCGUAAGCUUUGAUUCUGUCGAUGGAUCAGACGCUGAAGUAGGGGUCAGAUCACUAGUAGUUGACAUGGCCGUGGAAAUUGUGUCAGCGGCAGUGGUGGAAACCAAAUUGAGCUUCAACUCCGACCACAUCGAUCAUUCAAGUCCAACUACCAAAAUGAGAGGCAAAACUAAUAUUCUUGUUGCUCUGUUAGCUGCUACCUGGAAUCUGGACGGAGUAAAUGCAUGGGGUGCCGCUGGUUCGUGUGCUAAUGUUGAAGUUGUAGUCACCGCUCACUAG